AGUACUGACUACUGACUACACAGUCCACGCCAGAAUUCCGAAUAGUACGGUGCGGUAGUUGGAUAUUGUGCGUAAUCUAACACGUAUCUGUGAACUUAAAACAACAAUAAUCUAUCAAUAAUUUAAACGGAGGAUAGUAACCCUUGAAACGUGAAAAGGACGAUUUCUUGUCAGUGAGUAUAGUUAAAUGUUUAUGAGAGAUGCCCGUGCGACCUUUAGAGCCACUUCUAGCUGAAAAGGCACGUGUGGAGUUAGGUGAAGAUGUCAACAGAAUUGAAGAACAUAUUCGAACUGUAAAGCAAUGGAUUGCAGAACAGCCGCAUUUGAUAGCAAGAACAGACGAUCAAUGGUUAGUUGCUUUUUUGCGGGGAUGUAAAUACAAUAUAAAUAAAGUAAAGAAAAAAAUGGAGCUGUUUUACAAUAUAAGAUCUACAAGUCCCGAUGUCUACUGUGUCAAAUAUAACGAGCCAAAGAUUUACAGUCUGCUAGAGAUGGGCAUUUGCCUUAUAAUGCCAAAAACAAAAAUUGAGUCUGCAGAUCCACGAGUAGUAGUAUACAGAAUAGGACAAUUCCAAACAUCCAAAUAUCAUAUGCUGGAAUUUUUGGCCGUAUUGCUGCUCCAAUUUCAGAUUUGUUUCAUGGAAGAUGAUAAUGUGACGGUAUCGGGAAUGGUCCAUGUAGUAGAUUUAUUAGGCUCAGGACUAUCACACUACACACAGCUAUCGCUAUCACAGAUACGGAAAAUGAUAUCAAUAAGCCAGGAUGCUGCGCCAAUGCGGAUGAAAGGAGUACAUUAUUUAAACAACCCAUACUUUUUUGAGACCUUCUAUAGAUUUGUUAGAAACUUCAUGAGUGAAAAGAACAGAAAGAGGAUCCACGUUCACAGUAAAAAUUAUGAAGAGUUAUACAAGCACGUGCCAAAAGAAUCAUUGCCGGUCGAAUACGGUGGUAGCAGUGGGACAGUUAGAGAGAUUAUAGAUUACUGGAAAAUAAAGAUGAGAGAAUAUCAUUCAUGGUUUGAAGAGGACACAAAGUAUGUAGUGGACGAAUCAAAACGCGUGAAGAACGCAUCACUUAAAUCAUGUUUCAAACAAAUAAAUGAAAUUGACUGACAUAUAAAACUAAUAUAGAUUGAAUUAAACAUUUACCGCCUUUCAUAAUACCGUCAUUUAGUAAAUGUAUAUAAGUUAUAUCAUUUUGUCUUUCUGUUAAGUCAACAACAACAACAGUUGCUUAUGUAAAAUAAAUUUAAACGUUUUUAGUAAUUAGAUGGUCAAAAUUUAAUAAUGAAAGCGGAGUUUAAACAUAUACCAUAAUAUAAAAAGCAUUCGCAGCCCAAUUUUUAGGUAGAACUGAAUUCAUUACAGAUAUUAGACCGACAAUACUAACUCUAACUAUGAAUAUGAAAUUCCGCGUUAAAAAAAUCAGGGGAUAUGGCCGUGGCGUUAUGGAACGCGAUCAAAAUUAGCCAAUCACAGCGUUUUUCGCCUAAAGCCAUAUGACGCGUCAAUGUGUCCCUGCACUGUAUAGGUAUUAUAUGACUAAAAUCUAGUCUAUAAACUAAUUCGGUGAUCAAAUUCCGUCAGGUUUCCGAUAUAAUAAUAAAUAUGCUUGUCAGGCUUCGAUUAGUCUCGUAUCGACUGUAAAGGAGUUAGAUAAAACGAGUAAAUGGAUGGAUCUCCUUGCAUGCACUCUCUUAUUUGUAUAAGGCAGUUGUGCGCGGUUGGAAUGCAGGUUUGCGAUGCGUGCGUUUAGGCUUGUUUGGCGUGUGAGUGGGUCAUAUAAACACGCCCUAAUUCUAAUCAUAUUUGUAUCAAGGCUACUCUAAAAAAUUGCGGGUGAAUAUAUAUAUGCAAUACUAUAUUUCUGUUUAUAUUAGAACUAUUAACGUACUUCGUUUUAGAAUUACCAAUAAAAACUGUAAUGGGUAAAAAAAAUCACGCAACAUCAUUGAAAUUCCGCUAUUUUUGUUGAAAGUCAUACACGCCAGCGAAACUCAACGUGUUAUUUUUGUCGACCUUCAUAUUUUUAGACCAACUUCACGGUUAUUUGUACGGGUGAUUAAUUUUGAACAAUUGCCAGCUAAAAAGAGUUGCUCUUCGAAGAUUGUAAGAUUGAAUAUUCGAAAAUUGUCUUAAAUUCUUAUUUGUUUUUAGAAUGUUCAGAACAUAAGUAAUAUGUGAACAGGCAUUAAAGGUUUUUUUUUUAUAAAUGUCCUCUUUUUCGGAUAUCUUGAAAUGUAUUCAAUUCAAAUAGCAAAGAGACUAAAUAACAUCAGAUUUUUUCAUAUUAAAUAAUAUUAAUGUGAAAAUAUUUUUUUUUAUUAUAAUUUAAAGUUGUUAUUAUUAUUAUUAUAAGUAGCGUUACAUUAUUGUUUAUUUUGUAUAGGCAUGUUAAUAAUUAUGAGAGUACAAAAAAGAGAAUAUUAAGAGAAAAUAAAACCAAAUAUAUUCGUAUUACUCAAUAAAACUAUUAACAACU